CGGGAAAAACCGGAACCGGAACCUCGGAACGGGAACGGAGCGGGAAAAACCGGAACCGGGGAACGGGAAAAUCCGGAACCGGAACAGGGAACGGACCGGGAAAAACUGGAACUGGGAACCGGUCCCGGGGAGCCCCCGGCAGCCCCGGGAUGAGGCGGCGGCGCGGGGGCGGCGCGGCCCCGGCCGAGGCCUGCGGGGUGUGGCUGGACACGGCGGAGCUGAAGCGGGGCCGGGCGCGGCCCCUCACGCUCAGAGCACCCAGAAGUGCAGGGAGGAAGCAGAGCCUGGGGCUGCUCCCACAGCCCGGCAGCGGGGACAGCAUCGGCCCCAGGCACAGCUCCAGCUCCUGGCAGAGCUCCAUCCUCAGCUUCUUCAGCCCCCAGCCAGAUGACAAAGAGAACAUCAGGCCCGCUGCUCGCUGUGAGGAACCCAGGGUGAAGAUCCUGCCCCUGCCCCAGCUGGAGGGAGCCCAGCAGGAGCCCCCCGGGGCUGGGCAGGGCCUGCAGGGCCCAGCCCGGGCAGCACAAACAGCGCUGGAGCUCAGGGUGGGCUCCCAGGGGCUCAGCAGAGCCUCCCCCGGCGCUGGGGGGCAUUCCUGGGACAAACCCUGGGUGUCCCCUGCAGGAACGGCCCCAGGGGCCAGGACAGCUCUGCCCUGCCCCAGAGCCGGGGCUGGGGGCACAAACCCGGCCCUGGGGGCUGCUCCCGGCCGGGGCUGCUGCUCCACACAGAGCCCGGGCACAGCACAGCCCCUGCGGGAGCGGGGCCAGGUCCGGGUGGGGCCCUGCAGGGAGAGCCAGGGCUGCAGGGACAGGGACAGGGACAGGGACUGGGACAGUGCCCACAGGGACAGGGACAGCCCCAACAGGGACAGGGACACCCAGAGCCCCAACAGGGACAGGGGCAGGGACUGGGACAGGGACUGGGACAGUGCCCACAGGGACAGGGACAGCCCCAACAGGGACAGGGACAGGGACAGUGCCCACAGGGACAGGGACAGCCCCAGGGCCACCCCCUGCCUCUCCAGGGACAGGGACAGGAACAGUGCCCACAGGGACAGCCCCAGGCAGGUCCUGUGCCAGGGGAGCAGGGACAGGGACAGUGCCCACAGGGACAGGGACACCCAGAGCCCCGACAGGGACAGGGCCAAGGACAGGGCCAGCCCCAGGGACACCCCCAGCCCCACCUGGACCUCCCCCAGCCCCUCCAGGGACAGGGACAGCCCCAGGUUCCCCCUCAGGGUCACCCCCAGCCCCCCGGAGCCCCCCGAGCUGGGCUCUGAGCCCCUGUUCACGCAGGACUCAGAAGGGAACAGGGUCAUCAAGCACUGGUGAGAGCCCAGCCUGGCCCUGCAGUGCUCACAGAGGGGAGGGAACCCCCUGGUGCAGCCCCCAGCUCCUGUUUGUUCUCAUGGAUGCUGCUUUAAUCCAAAUAAAAGUUGCAGUUUGUUUCU